AUGCUCCCAAAGAAAGUCUGACCGUGCGCUGCCAUUUUAAGGAGAUCCCCCCCAAAGUUGUCUUGAAGUUCGCCAGUGUGCGCACGCUCGCUCCUGGGGCUCCCUCAGGUACCUCGGCUGCCCCGACAGCUCAAGCCCGAUCGGCGGAGGGCGGACAAGCCAGACGAUCGCUCGGCCCCUAUAGUCAGGAACCUCUGGACGCCCAGCGGCUGCGGAUUAGAUCAGCUCAGGCGUUCGUCUCUUCCACUUUUCUUUUUUCAAAAUAGUUGUAUAGCUUUCUGCGUGAUUUAUAUAUAAUGAGGAGACCGUAGGGGGGAGGAAAAAAAGUUUACGUAAGAGUUUUUAAAGUUUCGCGGGAGGGUUUGACUCGCUUCCACGCAACUCCAGAUGAACUUAAGACGAGUCAUUCAGCAGCUGAUCCGCAAUUUGCGGCGCUUUGUACGAGGUCGGCUGCUCCAAUGCUGUAGAGAACGGGAAUAUAUAAUUUUUUUAUUAUUCGUUUGGAAUAGACCGCUGUUCACCAGUUGCCGAGCCGCACGCAUCUGCUCAUAGAACAGGAAGGUCCGAUUCGCACGCCGGCGUCUCGCUGGGCUCUUUUGACACCUGUUGCUUUUGAUAAAGUCACCGAGAGGCACUUCGGAAGCGCCGGCGAUGGGAUGUUAGAGAGCCGUACGAGCGAUCGGAAGAGUCCGCUCCUAAACAAGCCAUUGGCACAGACAGUCCCCAUCUUUAUGAGCCUCUUCCGAAAUGAAUAGUUGAACGAAAACAAAUCGCAUGGCUCCCAGAUUUGCCAAGCUAAACUGAUUUCAUUUGGAAUUGAAACACUUUUUUUACCCCCCACCCCCUCGCUGAAGAAACUCCUGACUGACUAAAAAAGAGAAAAGGCGGACAUCACCGUACCGACACGGGCUUGUCCUGCGAUUUGGACUAAGUGUCGGAAUCCCUGUUAUCCGGAGGACACCGAGCCCGACGAUACAAAAAAGCACUUUGACAUUGCGAUCUUGUGUUGAAAUGGACAUGGCGAUGCGCGUAACGCAGGGACGGCGCACCAUCGCUGGGCUGCACUUACUACUGGUGCUCGUUCUCUCCGCCUGCAGUUCGAGGCUGAUGGUGGAUGCCAACUCUUGGUGGUCUUUAGCAAUGAACCCUAUACAGAGGCCAGAGAUGUACAUCAUUGGGGCCCAGCCUCUCUGUAGCCAGUUGACCGGACUUUCUCAGGGCCAAAGAAAACUCUGUCAGUUGUACCAGGACCACAUGGUCUACAUCGGAGAAGGAGCCAAGACCGGCAUCAAAGAAUGCCAGUACCAGUUCAAGAACAGGCGAUGGAAUUGCAGUACCGUGGACAACACGUCGGUCUUUGGGCGUGUAAUGCACAUCGGGAGCAGGGAGACGGCCUUCACUUACGCCAUCAGCGCGGCAGGCGUGGUGAACGCGGUGAGCCGGGCGUGCCGCGAGGGCGAGCUGUCCACCUGCGGCUGCAGCCGGGCGGCGCGACCCCGCGAUCUCCCGCGCGACUGGCUCUGGGGCGGCUGCGGAGACAACGUCAACUACGGAUACCGCUUCGCCCGCGAGUUCGUGGACGCGCGCGAGCGGGAGAAGAACCACCCGCGGGGUUCCGAGGAGCAUGCCCGCACGCUCAUGAACCUGCAGAACAACGAGGCCGGCCGGCAGGCGGUGUACAACCUCGCCAAUGUGGCCUGCAAGUGCCACGGUGUGUCGGGCUCCUGCAGCCUCAAGACAUGCUGGCUGCAGCUGGCCGACUUCCGACGAGUGGGUGAGUUCCUGAAGGAGAAGUACGACAGCGCGGCAGCCAUGCGUAUCAGCCGCAAGAGCAAGCUGGAGCUGGUCAACAGCCGCUUCAACGCGCCCACCCCCGAGGAUCUGGUCUACAUUGACCCCAGCCCGGACUAUUGCCUCCGCAACGAGACCACCGGUUCCCUGGGCACGCAGGGCCGUCACUGCAACAAGACGUCGGAGGGCAUGGGUGGCUGCGAGCUCAUGUGUUGCGGCCGCGGCUACGACCAGUUCAAGGUUUACCAGCACGAGCGCUGCCACUGCAAGUUCCACUGGUGCUGCUACGUCAAGUGCAAGCGUUGCACCACGCUCGUCGAUCAGUACGUGUGCAAGUAGGGACUCUGCAGGGGGGGCAGGAAAGGACCCGGGGGG